AUGAAUUUCAUCAAUCAAAGAAGUAAUCAUUCGGAUGAAAAUAACAAAUAUGACACAUCCGUUCGCAGUCAAUUUCACACAAUUAAUCAUCAGAUCAUGAGCUACAUGAGCGAAUUGUGCACAAUCUUACCUCAUAGCAAAAGCCAUCACACAAACUACAUUGAAAUGCGGACUUCAUUGAUGAUUAUCAUACUUUGUACGUCCGACAGUAUUCGAAUCAGUUGCGGAGGUUUUUUCCAAAUGUCGUCCAGGGUAUUUCUACGAGUGAUCAAUGUGCUAUACACAGUCACCACUUUUUUGUGGCAAAUGAAAUAA